AAUUAAAUGGAACAAAUAUAAAUUUGUUUCUUUUUCUCCCUAAAGUAGUACUAUAAGUAAAAAACGUUAAGACUCCGAUCACGGGACACUUGCUUCAUAGAGUUAGGGAACGUUUCUCUUCAGCUCUCUCAUUGUCUUGGUGAAUAACGGUCUUUUUUUUUUUUUACUUGUUCCUUUUCUCUUCUCUUUAAUCUCCACAAAUUCGCUUUUCUCUGUUGAUUCUGCAUCUGGGCUUUCCCAAUUUCUCUUCAAAACUGUCUCGAAUCCUCUUGCUCCCAGCCGCCAAGCUGCUUCUACAGUCAAAGAGAGCUAUCCCAGUUGCUUAUGUUUUUUAAAUAUUGGAGGCAUUAAUGGAUUUCAAGAAGGAAACGCGGAUCUUGUAUUGCUGGAUAGCUCAAAUUGGAAAUCUUCUACUUCGAUCACUGUGGCGUCUCAUACAUGUUAUUAUCAACUUAUGCUACUUAACACUGGGUAUAGCUAAAGCGUUUGAAAGCUAUCUUAUCUCUUGGGGAAUACUGAGGAGAUACAAAUCCCUCCAAGUCGCCAAGCUCCGGUAUCUGGCUAUUGUGGUAGAAAGUAAAGAUGCUUGCCAAACUUCAAAAAUUAUUGAGCUUUUGCAAUGGUUGGCAGAUGUCGGAGUAAAACAUGUUUGCCUUUAUGAUAUGGAAGGAAUACUGAAGAAAUCAAAGGACUUCAUCUUGGAAGAGUUGGAUGGUGCAAUAUUGUUUGGGGAAGCUUAUGAAAAUAAUGAGAUACCAGACCAAGCACAGAUGACUCUGGAGUUUGCAUCAUUUUCUGAUGGGAAAGAAGCAGUGGCCAAAGCAGCCAAUGUACUUUUUAUGAAGUACUUAAAAUCAGGUGCCACUGACCAAAAUCAGGAAGAGGCAAUCUUCACUGAAUCUCAAAUGGCUGAGGCACUCAAAACUGUUGGCAGUGGAGGGCCAGAACCUGAUCUUUUAUUAGUAUAUGGACCUGCCAGGUGCCAUUUAGGUUUCCCUGCCUGGAGAAUGCGAUAUACUGAGAUUAUACAUAUGGGACCCUUGAAGUCCAUGAAGUAUGGGUCCCUAAUUAAGGCCAUUUACAAAUUCACGAUGGUGCGGCAAAACUAUGGUAAAUGAGGUGCUGCGUUGAGAAGAUCAUUUCCGGGACAAGUUAUGUCAUAGUGUAGAAUAAAUGUCGGUAUUUCAAGUUUGGCCAGCAAAAUUCAAACCUGAUUUAUUUCAAAUGGCCAAUAAUUUUCCAGAUAUAUUGAACCAUCUCUCAAAACAAGUGCCUGGUUAUUUGGUUGUUAGAUUAUCAUAGUGUUUGCCAAUUACAUGUCUAACUUUAUAUAUAUAUAUGCAAUAAUUUCAAGCUAUCAGG